AUGGCUUCUCUGUUGCGACAAAUCGUCGCCGGGCCACGAGCACGACACGCCGAGUCGGAUCUAGACCUUUGCUAUGUCACUUCCGAAAUCAUCGCAACCUCCGGUCCGUCCGGCACAUACCCCCAACGAGCCUACAGGAACCCCCUCGACCGGUUGGUGACCUUCCUCGACUCAAAGCACCAGGACAACUGGGCUAUAUGGGAGUUUCGCGCCGAAGGCACGGGCUACCCAGAUGAGGAGGUAUACGGUCGCGUGCGCCACUACCCAUGGCCCGAUCACCACCCACCGCCGUUCCGCCUGAUACCCCUGAUCAUGGCCAGUAUGCGGAACUGGUUGCAUGGAGGCGAUCUUAAGAAGGGCGACUUGUCUGUCGGUGCCGCAGAUGAGGCGGCCGAGGCCAACAACGAGAGAGUCGUGGUCGUCCAUUGCAAGGCUGGCAAGGGCAGAAGCGGCACUGUGUCCUGUAGCUAUCUCAUCUCCGAGUGCGGGUGGAAGCCCGAGGAGGCUCUCACAAGGUUCACGGAGAGGAGGAUGCGUCCCAAGUUUGGCGCAGGCAUUUCCAUCCCCAGCCAGCUACGGACUAUCACCUAUGUUGACCGGUGGACGAAGGGCGGGAAGAAGUAUAUUGACAGAGCCAUCGAGAUUGUUGAGAUUCACGUGUGGGGACUCCGUAGUGGCGUCAAGUUCGAUGUCGAGGGCUUCAUCGAAGAGGGGAAGAAGAUCAAGGUCUUCCACACGUUCAAGAAAAGCGAGAGAAUCGUUAUACAAGGCAACACGCCGAGUGGAGGUGGCAUCGGCCGCAUGAUGACUGACAUUGCGACUGUCGGUGUGAAGCCCGCCGAAAAGGCCCCUGAGGCGGCGCCGCUUUCAGAACAUACAAACACGAACAACGCCCGCAAGAGUACCUCGGAGAAGAAAGUGGUCGAAGACAAGCCGGCUGGGGACGAUGAUUCCGCACCUUUGCAGCACGAGCCGAACAAGCUGCGCGCUGCAAAGACGGCUUCGCUUAUCCGGGAUCCCGGUGUGGAACAUAGCGCAAACCCGAAGAGAAGCGAAACUGAAGCUCCGGUGGCAGCUCAAUCAAACGCCCAACCCGCUGGCCAGUCGAGUGAAGGCGAAGAUGGUGAACCUGGCGGCAUGGCUGUUAUCCUCAAGCCGAAGGAGGCGAUCAGAAUUCCCAACAGCGACGUCAACAUCUCCGUCGAGCGUCGCAACCGCACUUCCUCGUCCAUGGGACUGACAAUGGUGACUGCCGUCGCCCACGUCUGGUUCAACGUCUUCUUUGAGGGCAACGGGCCGGAACAAGACGGCAAAGCCGACGCCAGUGGUGUAUUCAACAUCGACUGGGACGCCAUGGACGGCAUCAAGGGCUCCAGCCGCAAGGGGUCCCGCGCAUUCGACAGGAUCGCUGUGGUCUGGCGCGUCGCCGACUCCCAACGAGCCGAGGACGGCGGCGACGAGGUCGUGCCGACGGACGCCGAGGUUAUCAAGGAACCCUCGACCAACUCGCCCGUACCGGAGAUGAAGCCUGCCGACUGGAAGGGUGGCAACAAGGAGGACCCUGUCGCUGAGAAGCAUCUAGGCCUGAGGACCGAGAGCCCCGACAGCGCGAACGUGAGCCGAGCGAGCACCGUCAAGGACACCGACGUGAAGGACGGAAACGACACGGAUUCCAUGGAAGGUGUGAAGACUAGUGGGCCAUUUGGCGAGGAGAAGUUGGAUGCUGAUAAUGUCAACGUGAAGAAGAAGGUCGAGAAGGAAGCAGGAGAGAGCAGCCUGAACAGACAGGAGCCCGGACCGGAGCAUGCGGGUUCCCCUGACAUGGCCAGUGGGACGACGGUGCAGGGGACCACAGAGGUGAGGAAGUGA